AUGGAGGUGCCCAAAAAUGACCUUCCAGUUUCUUUCAGUUCCACAAAAGAUGCUGAUGGACGGACCUACUACUUCAGUUAUCUUUUCAUGAUCCUGACAACAGAACUUUCUGGGUGGCAUGAUGCCGCAGAUAAUCUGAAAGGUGGAAUACUUGCAGAGGAGAUGGGGUUGGGCAAGACAGUCGAAGUUAUUGCGUUGAUAAGCCUAAAUAAGCGAGCGUCGCAGCCUAUCAAGGCUGAUUCUGAUGGGUUGAGAUCUACUGGCGCCACUUUGAUCAUUACACCACCCGCGAUCCUUGAGCAAUGGAAACAAGAGUUGAAAGAGCAUGCUCCCACUCUGCGUGUUUACCAUUACAAUGGCAUCAAACGUGGGAAAGAAACAACUGACGACAUGAUUGUCGAAGAGCUUGCCGAGUUCGAUGUAGUUCUGACCACCUACAAUGUCAUCGCGAAAGAAAUUCACUAUACGGGUGUUACCCCGAAACGGUCUCUACGGCACGAAAAGCGAUUUGUACAGAGGAAGACACCGCUCGUUCGCCUCUCAUGGUGGCGUGUAUGUCUGGAUGAAGCUCAGAUGAUAGAGAGUGGAGUCAGCAAUGCGGCAAAAGUAGCUCGCUUGAUCCCUCGAGAGAUUGCUUGGGCUGUGACCGGUACCCCACUGCGCAGAAACAUAGACGACCUGUUUGGCCUUCUUCUUUUCCUUCAUUAUGAGCCGUUCUGCUUUUCAGCCCCUUUGUGGAGAAGGCUGUGUCUGUGUUUUGGGUCAGUUCUUGCCAAAAUCAUAAACAAAAUCGCUCUUCGGCACAGGAAAGGCCAGUUACUAGAUGAGCUUCGACUACCACCCCAAAAGCGUAUCGUUAUCACUACUCCCUUCACAGCUAUAGAAGAACAGAAGAGCCCCCUUCGAGGCGACUGGGACCCCGAAGAUCCUGCAAUUGUGGAUAAGAUGCGUACUUGGCUGACGAGACUCCGCCAAGCGUGCCUCCAUCCCGAACUCAGCUAUCGCCGAACCCUAGGUACAGGCUCUCCCUUGCGGACUGUGGCCCAAGUUCUAGAAGCCAUGACUGAGGCCAACGAGGCGGCUAUACGUACGGAAGAACGGUCGCUCCUGUUAUCUCACCUUCGACGAGGCCAGCUUCUAGAAAAUGCAAAACGUCGCCAAGAAGCUCUCGCUCUUUGGCAGAAAGCAUUAGACCAUGCCACUAAGCUGGUUGAAGACAGCAGAGAGCAACCUCGCCUACUGAAUACCAAAGGCGCUACCGGUGACAACAACGGGGCUACUCCAGGACUCAUUGAUCUGGAUGGCGAGGAUGACGAGGAUGAAAAAGAGGAAGAUGUAGACAAUAACAGUCACCUCGGUCAGUGUCGACUAAGGCUUCGAGCUGCACUCGAGGUCCAGCAUAUCGCAGUGUUCUUCACUGCGAACGCAUAUUACCAAAUCAAGAGCGACCCAAAUUUGACCCAGCCAGAUUCGGAUGAGUUCAAGGCGCUUGAGAAACGUGAAGAGGAUGCUUAUGAGGCUGCAAAAGUCAUUCGCAAAGAGAUGUUGACUGAUAUUUCCCGGAAAGUCGAGCGCCGCAUGAAAGAAAUCAAGAUUAAGGCACGAGACAAAAAGUUCGCGGAGAUCCCGAAAAUGAAACCCCAUCUCUAUAGCAAAGGAGUUGAGUCGUACAAUUUGCUCACCAAGUUUGAAGAUUUCUGUGAUGCUCUUAAUAGGCAUGCCGAGCAAUACAAGGAAUGGCGGGAUGUCAUGGCCAGACUGGUAUCUCAGUCACUCAUUGACCAGGAAGAAGAAGCAAAGCUGGAAGGCGAUGAGUAUGAGCGGUCAACAAAACAUCAAGAUGAGAUGUAUGUCUACAUGGAGGCUUUGAGGGCAAUGUGUAGCGACCGUCAUGACGCUCUCACUGGUCAAAGGAACACUCUUAUCUCCCACGAAGUCAAAUCCGGAAUUGUCCAGGCUCAAAGAGGUGAGGGGCCCUCUCCACGGCUAUUUCUCGAGAUUAUGGAAACUCGCAGUCAGUUCAUGCCAGAUCCUGAUCUUGGAUCGCUCCGCAACAUUGUCAGUGAACUUCGCAAACUUGUGACAUCGCUGGAGUGGCAAGCUGGUUUAGGCAAUGCGCGUGCUCGUGCCGAACAGGAGAUUGUCGAAAUGGUCUUGAAAAACGCCGGUCAGAUGAUCGCUGAGCAACUGAAAGUAUCGAACAAACUGGGCAAAGAAGUUCAAAUUUUCCUCGACGCCAUGAACAGUAGACUGGAGUAUUACCGUCACCUGCAGCAGAUUUCAGAUACAGUGGCCCCAUACGAUGAGGAAAAUGCAGGCAAGCCACUAGAUGAAACCGCUUUUACCCUGGCGCUGGAGCGAGAGGGCGUCACUGAAGGAAAGAUUGCAUCUCUCAAGUCCAAAGCAAGAUAUCUCAUUCACCUAAGAGAUGAUGCUAGCUUCGACAGUAACGCUCGAGAGUGCAUUGUCUGCCAAUCGACCUUCGAAGUUGGUGUGUUGACCGUGUGUGGUCACAAGUAUUGUACUGACUGUUUGCGACUAUGGUGGGCUGCACACCAAAAUUGCCCAAUGUGCAAGCGGAAAUUGAAGCGUAAUGAUUUCCAUCAGAUCACAUACAAGCCACAGGACCUAGUUGUUCAAGAGGAAAAGACACCCAUCAAAUUGGAACACGAAGGUCAUUCCCAGAAUGCGAUUUACAGUGACAUCAGCUCCGGUCAUCUCAAUGAGAUUAAGAAAAUUGACUUAGAGCAAUCUUACGGGACAAAAAUCGACACUCUGGCCCGACACAUCCUAUGGCUGCGGGAACACGAUCCUGGCGCCAAGUCGAUCGUUUUCUCUCAAUACGGAACCUUUCUGUCGCACUUACAGUUCGCAUUCAGAUCCCUUGGAAUAGUCGCUACCAGUAUUGACUCUCCGGAUGGCAUUGAGAAUUUCAAAACAGACCCGGCUAUUGAGUGCUUUUGUUUGCAUGGCAAAGCACAGUCAUCCGGACUGAAUCUGAUCGUUGCAACCCAUGUCUUUCUAUGUGAGCCCCUAAUCAACACAGCAAUCGAGCUCCAGGUCAUUGCUCGAGUGCAUCGUAUUGGCCAAAAUCGGCCAACAACAGUAUGGAUGUACCUUGUCUCUGGCACGGUGGAAGAAUCCAUAUAUGAGAUCUCAGUAACCCGACGCCUGGCUCACAUCAUGGAGAAGGAGAGACAAGUCAAAACGGCACUCUUGAAAACCCCCGCCGACAGCGAUGGUGUUACUGAAGAGGCUAUUGAAUCUGCCAACUCGAUGGAACUACAAGAUGCCACUCUCACAACCUUGAUGCAACGUGGCUCUGUAGGUGGAGAGAUGGUAAAGAAGGACGACCUUUGGCAAUGUCUCUUUGGAAAUGCCAAGCAGAAAGAUGACUCUGAUCUUUCAGCUGAGGCAGAAAGGGAGGUUGGUCGGUUCUUGAGAGGUGAAGCUGCUGAGCAAAGAAUGGAGGGUUGA